AUGCCUGCCGACUACGAGACGUACGAGCUCGGAGACUGGAAGCUGAAGAACGGCGGCAUCAUCCCAGACGCUCACAUCGCUUACAAGACACUCGGCAACCCGAGUCUCCCUCUCGUCAUCUAUCCUUCCUGGUACUCCGGCCUCAUCUCUGACAAUGAAUGGUUGAUCGGCGACGAUAAGACGCUGAACCCGAAGAAGUACUUCAUCCUCAUCACAGCCUUGUUUGGCAAUGGCCAGUCGUCCAGUCCAAGCAACAAACCGGAUCUCAAGCCGUUUCCGGAAGUGCUGUUCUACGACAACGUGAGAGCGCAGCAUAAGCUCGUCACGGAGAAACUGGGCUUCAACCAUGCUUUUGCUGUGCUCGGGUGGUCGAUGGGCGCGGGACAGACGUACCAGUGGGCUACGCAGUAUCCUGACUUCAUGGAUGUUGUCGUUCCAUUCUGCGGAAGCGCGAAGACCUCGCUGCACAACCAGGUGUUCUUGGAGGGUGUCAAGAGUGCUGUGUUGGGCGGCAAGCAGGCAUCAUCUGGUGGUGUCUGUAAAGGUGAGGCUAUCCAGGGGCAGUACCGGUCGUGGUCGGAGGAGGAGCGGAAGGUCGGGCUGAAGGCUCUCGGUCGUGUGUAUGCUGGAUGGGGCUUCUCGCAAGCUUUCUACCGAGAGAAGUUGUACGAGACCGUCCUCGGCUUUAAGGGUCUUGAGGACUUUAUGGUGAAUUUCUGGGAGGCUUGGGCGUUGUCGAAAGACCCGGAGAACAUGCUGGUGAUGUUGUUCACCUGGCAAGCUGGAGACUGCUCAGCCCAAGAGCCUUACAACGGCGAUUUCGAUGCGGCAAUGAAGGGCAUCAAAGCCAAGGCGCUGGUGCUGCCGGGCAAGACAGAUCUAUACUUCCCUCCAGAAGACUCUGAGAACGAGGUGGCACAUAUGAGGCCAGGAAUCGGAAAGUGCAUUCCAUUCCCUUCAAUAUGGGGCCAUUGGGCUGGAGGCCCAGGACAGAGUACAGAGGACGUCAAAUGGCUUGAUCAGAAGCUGCACGACUUCUUCGAGGAGAGCAGUAUGGAAGAGACGAAGUCGUCUCUGCCGCAGUCUGGUGGAGAGAAGUCGGUGGGGGUUCCUGGUUGA